AUGGCGGGACACGCGGGCCCCCAGCUUCAACCCUCUAUCAUCCCAGUUCUCUACAACAGGGCUUUCCUCGAAAAACACAAUAUCGACAUUACCGACUACGGCAAGCAUUUCUGCACCGAAAAUAGCAAGCAGGGAAAAGUCAUAACCCGUCGCGAUAUCGAAUGGUAUUGGGAGGGAAAUAUUCGCGCCGAAUUUGACACGGUGGACCCAUCCCACAAUCGACUUAUCAGCCAGACAAAAUGCCCCAAGUUCGAACUUUACUGGUUAGGAAAGACAGCGGUGGCGGCCCUUCAAGCCAAGAAGCUCCUUCACGAGCAGGAGGGACUCUGGCUUCUCAAGCCUAAGAGAAAAGAGAUCAAGCACUUCAAAAGCGCCCUAAUCCUGGGGAAUGACACUGAGAGGUGGAUCGUCCCAGAUGUGUCCCUGAUGGCCAUCGGUGACAUCUGCUUCACCACAUUCGCGCACAAUGUUCGGGCAGCCAAUGUUGGCGACAAUCUGAGUGACUCCAUGUUGUUCCGGCUGUGGGGUACCUUAGUCAAGAAGGCGUAUGACUUCGUGCCCAAAGAGGUACAGAUUCAAAAGCUCAAAGAGGCCUUUUCUAUGCACCCUCCCACAACCGAAGCGGGUUUCGACGAGUUCUUUGAGACGUCGUCGAAGAAGCGCAAGACAGUACCCAGCUCAAGGGAUGACAAUUUCGGCGAUGAUUACUCAGUGGGCACCCAGAAAAGGCGACGUGUCAGCUUAGGAGAAGUCCAUAUCCGCAGAUUCGACAAGGAGUCCACAUUGGACCCCACCCUAAAGCCCAUUUUAAAACACACCUACAAAACUUCUCUACGCGCCACCGCGGGUCCGAGUGCCAGUGCAUCGCUCGGGUCCUCGACCAAAGAUGACGGUGGUGAGAGCGGAGAGAAGAGGGUUGAUCCGACGCAAAAGAAAAUCCAGGCAUUAGAAAAGAAGCUUGCGGAGCUAGAGGUGGCCAAGGAUGAAGCUGAGCACAGAUUUCAGUCCGAGAGGGGUAUGAGGAGAGGGGCGGAGACAAAAAUUGCAUGGCUAGAAAAAGAUCUCCAUCAGUCAGAGGAUCUUGUUGCCCAGCUUCGAAAGCGGUCUACAGAGAGUGUGUGA